CUACGCAUUUGCGUGAUGACGGAAAUCCUUGACGUCAGUGUAGAUCGCUACGGAUUUGCUAGCAAGCCAGGAUGGUGCAGAGGUUGCUGGGGUUUUCUGAAAACUAACACUAGCCAAUACGUGCUGGAUUACUUUAUCUGAUGAUCCCCAAAAGGUUUAUGAGAUAAAUGAAGAUUUGUACAUAAAAUAGGCUUCAAGCUCUCAGCCAUGUCUCAAGAGAGCCUCUCAGACCUGGCCAAUGAGAACACCUGCCCUCUGGUGACCCCAUCCUUAACCCUCGACCUCCUGUCACCGCACAGUGCCCUCCUUCUCGAUGCUGAGCUCAGCCAAAAAAAUAAAAUCAAGGGCUCUUGUUCCUCAUCUUCUUCCUCAUCCCCUAAGUGCCGUCGGAAAUACGCCACCACCACCCCGGCCGACCUUCUCAACGGAAUGAUGGGGGUUGGGGAGCAGCAGGACGAUACCUCAGUGCUGGCAAACAACCAUGACAACGGCCAUUGCCAGUGGACUGGGCAGGAGACAGGGCAGCAACAGCAGCACGCCGGUCAAGGCAGCAACGCCAAGUGGGUGAAAGAGGGACAGAACCAGCUCCGCAAGGUGGCCGAGAAGCAGCAGGACCCCAACCUCAACCACAGCCCUGACCAGAACCUGAAUGUCAGCCUGAACGAGAGCAGGAGCGGGAGCCCAGACGCCAACCCCAACCACAACUCCCUAGUCCUCUGCGAGGACCGGCUUGACACAGAUGUGAAGAACACCUCCAACAAGACCCUCAGGACCCUGUGCCUGGAGCUGGACGCCAAGGAGACGGAGGACGGACUACUCCUCAUCGACACAUCCGAGCGUCCUCCUUGUCUGGGGAAGGAGCAGGAGAACCAUGAGGAGGAGAAAGAGGUGGAGGAGGACGAGGAGGAGGAGGAGGAAGACGAGGAGACCAUGCCAUCAAGCGGAGGAGAGAAGGACACAGACUCCUCGGAAACACAAAGCCACAGCGAGGAGAGGACUGGAGAGGGCGAGAGUGGGAAAAGUUCUGGCCUCCUGUUCCCGGGGAAGAGUGGAGUGCCCAGCGACGAAGACUCCAGCUGCAUGUCAAUGUCUCAGGGAAGCACAGCUAACAGCACUCCAGAUGGGGAGACUGAGUCGUACUGGGAUCGAAGCGAGUUUGAGACGGACGCGGACCUGCCCACAGGUUGGAUGCGGGUGCGGGACACCUCGGGCACCUACUACUGGCACAUCCCCACGGGCACCACGCAGUGGGAGCCGCCCUCGCCUCAGGAAGAGGGCGCAGCCCUGGAGAGACCCUCCAGCACCUCCCCUGCCAUCACACCCAGCGAGGAGCCACAGAUAACAUGGAGAGGCCCCUCUCGCCACAACAGGUUCAACGAUGAGGACCUUUGGAAGGAUGAUGUGACGUCUGAUCAAAGUCUGAAGGAGUUCGAGGGGGCAACUCUUCGCUAUGCCUCGAUCAACCUGAGUUGCAAUCAAUCGGAAGGUGAUCAGAAACUUGAUGGCUAUAACACAGACUCAGAUUCAAAGUGUUUUGCGGUGCGUUCUCUGGGCUGGGUGGAGAUAUCUGAGGAGGAGAUGGCUCCUGGCAAGAGCAGCGUGGCCGUCAAUAACUGCAUCAGGCAGCUGUCCUACCACAAACACAACCUGCAUGACACAGCAGGCAUCUGGGGAGAGGGUAAAGACAUGCUGCUGGUCCUGGAGAAUGAGACGCUGAAACUGAUUGACCCUAUGAGCCAGACGCUGCUGCACUCCCAGCCCAUCAUCAGUAUCCGUGUGUGGGGGGUGGGCCGAGACAACGGCAGGGAGAGGGACUUUGCGUAUGUGGCGCGGGACAAGCUGACCCACGUUCUGAAGUGUCACGUGUUCAGAUGCGACACCCCCGCCAAGAACAUCGCCACCAGCAUGCACGACAUCUGCUCCAAGAUCAUGGCGCAGAGGAAGUCCUCUAAGACCUCCAUGAGCAAGCUGCAUAUCGACCCUUCCAAGCUGCUGGACAUGCCCUUUCAGGAAUUUCCCGUACCAAAGAAUGAACUGGUCCAGCGUUUCCAGGUUCAAUACCUCGGUAACGUGCCAGUGGCCAAACCUGUAGGUAAGGGACGUUUUGGAGUGGACAUCAUUAACGUUGCCCUGGCGACAGCCAUGAACACCAAAGAGAAAGAUGACUGGACACCGGUGACUGUGAAUGUGGCCUCGGCUACGCUUACUAUACUACACGCAGAGACGGAGGAGGUUGUGUCAGAGUGCCGCGUGCGUUUCCUCUCCUUCAUGGGGGUGGGGAAGGACGUGCACACGUUCGCCUUCAUCAAUGCCGAGGCUCCUGGGCACUUUAUCUGCCACAUGUUCUGGUGUGAGCCCAACGCCGCCAGCCUGAGCGAGGCCGUGCAAGCCGCCUGCAUGCUGCGAUACCAGAAGUGUCUGGACGCGCGGCCCCCCAGCAGCGGCGGCUCAUGUCUGCCGGGCCCCCCUGCCGACUCGGUGGCCAGGCGGGUGGGCUCCAGCGUCAGGAAGGGGGUGCAGAGCCUGCUGGGUAGCUUCAGGCGCUCCGGCUCCCAGACGCCCUAAGGGAGCACAUCCAGUGUCUCAGUCUCUCUCCAGUGCCCCCAUGUGCCAAUACACGUCCACUGUCCCCCUCACACACCACACACAGGACUCUCUCUCUCUCUCUGUCUCUCUCUCUCUCUCUUUUUCUCUCUCUCUCUCUCUC